CCCAGAGCCCGUAUUUAAGGUCUGAAAAUCGCGGACCUCCAUUUUCAUACAUCGGAGAACAAAUUCAGGCGAAAUUGUAGGGGCGGCGAUAAAGAAAAGAAUGAGUCUUGCAAAUCCCAUGACAACGUGGGCUAAGACCCAUCCAUCUUUUUGUUGUAGAUCCAGAUCUCAAUCCCUCUCCCGCAAAACCCCACCAUCAUCGUUAUCCCCGAGCUCAACCAGCCGGAGCCGCCGUCUUCAUCAUUCCUGUUCCGCCACUCUCACCAAAGACCAGACUGAUCUCCCACCCAAGCUCGAUUUCAAGAGUUAUGUCCUGGAGAAGGCGAAUUCAGUGAACAAAGCCUUGGAAAGGGCAGUCUUGCUGAAGGAGCCGCUCAAGAUCCACGAAUCCAUGAGGUACUCUCUCCUCGCCGGCGGGAAAAGAAUCCGACCCAUGCUCUGCCUCGCCGCCUGUGAGCUCGUCGGCGGCGAAGAAGAAACCGCCAUGCCCGCGGCUUGUGCGGUGGAGAUGCUGCACACCAUGUCUCUGAUCCACGACGACCUCCCCUGUAUGGACAACGACGAUUUACGGCGGGGGAAGCCGACGAACCACAAGGUUUACGGUGAAAGCGUGGCCGUCCUCGCCGGCGACGCCCUGCUUUCUUUUGCCUUCGGACAUAUAGCCACCGCCACAAAAGGCGUCCCGGCGGAUAGGGUUUUGAGGGUUAUCAAGGAAUUGGCCAUAUGUACCGGCACUGAAGGGCUGGUGGCCGGACAGGUGGUUGACAUAUGCUCGGAGGGAAUCUCCGACGUCGGAUUAGAGCAUUUGGAAUUCAUCCAUCUUCACAAGACUGCAGCUUUACUGGAAGGGUCGGUGGUUUCCGGGGCUAUUUUGGGCGGAGGGAGUGAGGAACAGAUCGAGAGGCUGAGGAAAUUCGCAAGAAAUAUUGGGUUGUUGUUUCAGGUGGUGGAUGACAUUCUUGAUUUGACCAAGUCCUCGGAAGAGUUGGGGAAGACGGCUGGGAAGGAUUUGGUGGCUGAUAAGGUCACUUAUCCUAAGCUGAUUGGGGUUGAGAAGUCCAGAGAAUUUGCUGUCCGGUUGAGGGAAGAAGCUCAAACACAGCUUGUUGGUUUUGAUCAAGAAAAGGCUGCCCCUUUGAUUGCCCUCUCUAAUUACAUUGCUUAUAGACAGAAUUGAUUUAAAUAUACACUUGUCAUGAUUUAUGAAAAUGUGUCAUAUGUUAAAUGAUGAAUAUGAUGUUUCUGUGUGUACCCUUUUUGUCUAUUUUGCUCCUAGAUUCCCAAGAAUCAGAAUUACCCUUGUUUACAAUUGAAUAUUGAUGAUCUUCAAAUCAUUAAGGCACU